AUGCGGUUGAACAUAAUUUUGCUACUGAAUAUUUUUGUUGUAGUGUUAGUUUUGAUCGAAAGGAGGUAGGUUUGAGAAAGAUGUGGUUAAUAUAAAAAAUUGUUCUGUAAUGUUACAGUAGCUUUUUAUAGUAGAAUAAGACAAAGUAAAAAACGUACAAAAAAUUAAUUUUUAAAAAAUUAAAAUUUACAGUAAUUCUGCGGUACUCGUGCUUUUUAUAACUAUUUUGUCACAUAAAAUUACUUCAUUUUUCAUUUGAAACGAUUUUACUCUACCGUAACUGAGCCUCACUCUGCCCUCGCCUUAUCAUGUUUGCUUAUUUUGCUUUUUCCUUACCCUGGCUUUAGAAUGGUCUUACCCUAGUCAUGUUUUGGUUUUGCUCUAGUCUUCUUUUGACCUUAUCUUUACUAUAGUCUUAGCUUUACCCUAGCCUUGUUUUAGCUUUGCUUAGCUAUUCUCAGCUUGCUUUUACUCUAGUGCUGGCUCUACCCUAGCUAUGCCCUCUUAUCCUUACUAUAGUCUAAUCUUUGUCCUAGAUUUGUUUUAGCGUUGCCUAGCUUUUCCCUACUUACCUUAUUUGUUACUAGAAAUUCUUACUCUGACCUUACUUUAAAUUUACUCUAGCUUUAAUUUAGGUUUUCUUAACUUCCUUAACUUAAUUUUUAUCUUAUUUAAACACUAACUUUAACCUGGUACUUUACAACAGCCCUGCCUUAGUAUAGUAAAAUAACCCUACCCCAGCUCUACCUUAGCCAAAUAAAAUAACCCUACAACAUAAUCUACCCCAACCGAAUAAAAAAACUUAAAUUUUUAGUUCAUCAGCACCACUAGAGACCCUAGUAAUCCCAGGUGGUAAAACCACCACCGAGCUACGACGCUAUAAUGACAGUCCACUCUUUGUUGACGCUCCAGUAGCCAAUAUUCGAAUCCUGAACCGUGGACGUCGCACCCCAUCAAAAGAAUUGCCGCAUUCUGGAGAAGUUACAUUUAGAAGACGAGCUAGAAUCCUGCACGAUGAUAGUGCUAGAACAAACCGACUGAGAGACGCUGAAGAAGUUGAGCCUAUGUUGAUUAGAAAGUUGGCUACAAUUGAUGAAGAAGUGUCAGAUCCGUUUGAAAUUAAGACUGUUUCUUUGAAACGGCCGGCUUAUCGACAGAGAAUUAUAAAGUGA